AUGGGACUGUCGACCAUCACAUCCAUUGUCGGCUUCAGACAGCUUUGGGUGGCUUGCUCAAAACUCGACGUGAUCAAUCGCAUCAUCAAGAAACAUAAAAUCACGCCGUAUGACUGCAAUCUACGAGAUCGUGUCAUACCUAUCGUUAUCAAUGUAUUAACGGCUGGUGUUGGCUUCGGUACAUCAGUGCUGCUGAGCGACAUCGCAGCCAUGGGAGUCGAGGGAGCAUCAGCGCAAGGGGUAGUCUUCGAUCCACCACAUGGUCUUGGGGAAAUAGCAGACUCAGCUACGGCAGACCCCAGCAAUUUCGCCGAUGGCUUCCUCCAUGGCGCAGAAGCUCAGAUGGAUUCACUUUCUGCUGCCCUCGGCCCUGGCGAUGCCGCUGCGAACGUGACCGAGGCAACCAUGGAGAACGCGGUUCCUCUUUCGGUGGGAGGCGAGUUCAUGGACGGUGGGAACGUCGGGUUCGAGGCAGCAGCAAUAUUAGAGCGGUUCUUGGUACAGCAAGCUGUGGCGAGUUCACUUGAGUAUGUGGACGACCAAAGCGCGCGCAAUUGUGCAUACAGAGAAAUCCUCAAAGGUAACCAGGUUUCUGAGUUGCGUCCUACGGAUGAGAUGUACAAGUGGCAUGAAGAACUAGACCAGGUCCAGGUUGCCAUCCAGGUACAAUAUGUCGAGUUGAUCACCGCACAUUCAGCAUUGCUGAAUAGAGGCAGUACAGCGCAAUAUCUCAGAGAUUUGUCAAUCGAAAUGAGGGAUCAAGUGGUGUCACUCGAUGCAAGGGCAAGAGAUGACUGCUUGAACGCUGAAGAUUGCCAAAAAGCUCGGUUCAUUAACGCAUGGGUUUCUUGUCUUAAGACGUGGGAGGAGAGGAUGAAAGAACAGGCCAUUAAGCAGGGCGAGUGGCAGAUAAUUAUCAAUACGUGGCAAAAGAGCUAG